AUGUCUUGUCUGCCUCUUCAGCCUACCGUUGAAGUUCCGAAAGAAAGUAAGAAGCGAAAGGCUAACGAUGAUGAAGACCUGAGAGGCCCAUCGAAACAGCCUGCUCCCGCCUCACAAGAUCAUGGUACCCAGAAGAGGCUCAGCGCCACAAGGACAGCCUAUCAACACUUCCUGGACGCGUAUGAAGGGAAGACUAGUAGUCCAUUGGGUAGUGAUACUCCUAGGAAGACGAAGAAUACGAUUAAAGGAACUAGUGCCUACAAAUGCAUGUUGAUAUUUUCCACCAAAGAUGAAUCCGUGCUCCUUCCUGCCUGCAAGGAGGAUGGAGCGGGGAAAUACAGAUACCAUAUUUCAUCGCAGAAUCCCAUGCUCGAAAUUAAACUGGGUGUCCCACAACCCCAACCUUUCAAGAGCUCACAUUCUCUGUUCAUCAGUUCAGAGCAAAUCUGUGGCAAGGUUACGCUCAGUGCCAUCCGCAACUCGACUACAGGGAUGUUUCAACAGGCAGUCACUGACCUUGGACUGCCCCCUAUCAGCGACAAUGAUGAGAAAAUUGCGAGUGUCAUCGACUCGAUCAAGAACCUUCGUCAAGAGAACGGCAUAAGAUUCUUUCGACUCGCCAUCAUAGGGCCUCUCUCUGAUCCUCGUACUGAGCCAGGAUACGUUGGCAGUCAGUCACCUCUGGUCGAGAAAAGAGAAGGAGCUCUGUCGAUCCAGUACAUAACUGUCGCCCGCAUGUCGACCGACCAUCUUGACUUCGUGGAUAGCUUCUGGGAUUAUGUCGUUCACCGAUUCCAAAAAGAUGGCAUUUACUGGGGCUAUAAGCUGGAUCGCCAUGUCCCUUUCAUCAAUUCCGCCAACCCACAAGUCACCCCGUCAUAUUCCGAGCUGGUGAUCAUGGGACACGAGAACGCACCAUAUUUGCCAUGGAUGCGAGAUGAGAGAACCGGGUCCUCCGUUCCACAUAAGAUGUAG